AUGAUCUCUCGGUUGUCUCCUACCACCAUAGGAGUGCAGCAGCGAUCAUCAGUAUUCCUCCUCCUGAGCCGGUCAUUCAGCCGAGGGCCCGCUCAGGGUGUGGUGGUCAUCCCAAAGGACAGGGACUUCCCGGACCCGCAGGAUGAGGCCGACUUGUUCGAGGCAGGCUUCGUGCCGGCUAGGUUUGCCCGACCGGUGCUGCCUGAACUUAGACGGAUUCAUAAUCUUGAGCCUGAUAUGAUUCCCGAGGUCUAUGAGAAGCUGGCGGACAUGGCAAAGGAAGACCCGUCGUCAGUUGAGAUGCACUUUGCUGAUUGGGAAGCCCUGAUGCGGUAUACCAUCAAGAACCAACACUGCCUCAUGCCAGAGCAAGUCGCCUCCAUCAUUGCGAAAAGCAAGAUGCGGAAUAAGGAGCUAGUGCAGGCGCUUAAUCACAGGAUUCGGCGUACCGUUCAUGGGCUUACAUCAAUAGAGCCGAUGACCGAGAUGGUCUAUGCUUAUCAGGAAAUGGGCUGGAGAGCUGCUACUACUAUAAGGGCUUUUGCUAAGUUCUUAUACGGCACUAAAGCCGGCAUUCCGAUAAGGCAGGGCUUCGGUCCUCAUGACCUGACAGGGUUCACUUGCGCCUUCUCGAGAUUGCAUAUUAAACCGAAAGGAUGCAAAGUUUUUGAAGUUAUGUGGAAGGACUUUUCGACGAGUCAACUGCCGCGGUUGGCGAGACAGAUGGACCCCCGACAGUUAGCAGCGACGCUCAACGCCUUCGUGCAGGUUGACUAUAGGGCCGAUAAUGCGUUCGAUAUUGCAGCACGGAAAGCAGCAGCUAAGCUGGGGAUAUAUAAUGAAGCGGGGGGUGGGCAGGACCCACAUAAUGGUGAGAUGAAUGCAAGUGCCGCUGAUCCCGCCUCUGUGGCUUUCACAGUGGUGUUGGGAUAUUGGCGACCGAGGGAUGUGGCCCUUCUCAUCAACUCCUAUCAUAAGUUCCGGAUACGUCCUCUGCCACUGCUAGCCGCUGUCUCUGACUACACUGUUGCCAAUGCGAAGAACUUCUGUCCCCAUUCGACCUCUCUGGCUGUCAGCGCCUUGUGUCAGCUGGACUACAACGACAGUCGAGUAUUCGCUGCACUAGCACCUCAUAUUUGUAGAGAAGUUCGAUACUACGAUGCUCAAGAGGUAGCGAUGGUCGCUCAUGCUUAUGCGAAGAUGGGUUACCGGGAAGAGGUCCUCUUCGAGCGGCUCGGGUCGAUGUUCCUCCGUCUGAUAGGAGAGGCCGAGGGGAAGGCGUUGAGUAUGGUUUGCUACGGGUUCGCCAGAGCUGAUAUCAGGCAUCCAGCCCUCGUGAAGGCUCUUAAUGAUGAGAUCAUCUUCAGAGGCACUGUUGGCGUCCGAUACCCUCAUUUAGCGCUGAAGUUAGAGUCCCUCAGGUUGAUCGCCUGGGGGAUGUCUAAAAUGACUAAGGAUCAUGAUCAGAGAAUGUACUUUGUGCUUUAUAACAUGAUUAAGGCUAGAGUCUACGAGGCUGUUGCCAAUCAGCGGCUCAGAGAGCGUAUCGAGUUAUCAAAUGCGCGACGGCAGGCUCGGAAGAAGAGGUUGAAGGAACCGAAGGAGGCAGACCGGGUACCAGCGGACGCAAUGUUGGCCAAAACUGAUGUUUCCCCCAAUGAUCUGUCAGCAAUACUAGCGGCUUAUGCCCGAUCUAAGAUGAACAUACAUGGUAUCUCUCAAUAUUUCUCUAAUAGAAUCUACCAUAUGGUAGAGCGGACAUCUACCUAUAAUCUUGGUUCGAUAAUGGUGGCAUUGGCCAAGUUCGAACAUAAGGAUAAGAGACUUGUUGACAAGAUCUUAAAAGAGGUUAGAGCCAGAGUAGCACAAUGCAGUUGUAGCACGUUGUCUGUAAUGGCCAUGUCCCUUGGGAUGAUGAAAGUAUACAACAGGUCUUUUAUGAGGGCAGCUACUAAGCAGGCGACGUUGCAGUUGGCUAAUUUCAAUGAAACAGAUCUAACUAACUGGUUUCUGUGCAUCGGUUCACUGAAUUAUCGAGAUGAGAUUUUUGCACGGCGCCUGGCGCAGACGGCGGCUCAUCGUUUGCAUGCCAACCUUUCUGUGAGUGGCGUCACGAUGUGCAUUGUGAAUUACCAAAAGUUGAGGAUCCACGACCCAACCUGGUUUGAUGCGGCCUACAGGAUGGUCUUCGAGAAGCAGCACCAGAUAGUCGAACCAAAGCUGGCUCCCGCCCUCCUCUAUGGCAUUGCUGUGACCGACAUAGGCAAGAGCAACCCCUGGCAAGAGGCCGCUGUGCACGCCCUUCUGGGAGUAGCCAAUCGACUCAGGAAGGAGAUGAUCUUCUCGUCGGUCAUCCAACUUCAAAUAUUCGAUCUAUGGGCUCGGUUAUUGGCCCCUAAGUCUAUUAUGGAGAAAAUGGAGAGGGAAGUGUCGAAGUUCUUCACAAUGGUUGGCUUGCGACAUCGAAACGAAGUCGUCGUAGGGCCUUAUUCUAUUGAUAUUCUGGUAGGGGAGUCCUUCGCGUUUGAAGUCGAUGGACCACAUCACUUCUACCGUGACACUAGCAUGAGGACUGCAUCGAGCCUGUUGAAACAUCGCAUCCUUGAAGCACUGGGAUUCACUGUUAUCCGGGUGCCCUAUCAAGAAUGGUCUCAGUGUGGUACACGGGAGAAAAGACUGCGCUAUGUGGGGUCUUUCUGGAAGCAGCUGAUCGACGCCAAGGUGGUCUCUGAGGACAUGAGCAAGGAUGUCGCACUUGGUGAUGUUCUCGAAGUUGCGAUUGCCGACAGUCAGAGCAUUGAGUCAGCCCAUGAUGUGAUUCAGCGACUCGCACGACAGUUGAGUGAGAAUGACACUCGUCGACCCUUCGCCGAGGCAGUCCUUCCAGCCGACGUUGACUUGCGCCUUGGCGCCGAUUUACUGCCUCCUGUGGAACCUGCGGACAACGAACCGCUUUUCUAUAAGGUCUCAGAGGACUCCGAUUUCGAAGAGCGUAUGAGAAUCCGAAAUGAAGCGGAGAAGGCGCGGCUCAAGGUCAUGAAGAACUUUGGUGACGCUGAAGAUUUGAUGGAGGCUCAGCGGGCUAAGGGAAUCAGGGGCAGUCGCGAAAUCAACUAUACUGCGGCUGAGGUUCGGGAGGAUGCUCAGAAAGAGUUGUUCGACAGACACAAGAGGGGCAGUCCCAGAAGGCUUCGCGACCAUGAAGGUUUUGCGUACACUCUGGAGGACGACGACGAGGAAACUGAUACUGAAAACCCAGGGGAUGAGUCGACAGACAUUCAGUGAAUUCAACUGCAUCGAUCCUG